UUCCAUGUUGUGUGUACUAUGGGAGACCAGAUACAGUGAAUGCAGGGUCCGGGGAGACCAGAUAAUUUGUGAAUGCAGGGUCCGGGGAGACCGGAUACAGUGAAUGCAGGGUCCGGGGAGACCAGAUACAGUGAAUGCAGGGUCCGGGGAGACCAGAUAUAGUGAAUGCAGGGUCCGGGGAGACCAGAUAUAGUGAAUGCAGGGUCCGGGGAGACCAGAUAUAGUGAAUGCAGGGUCCAGGGAGACCAGAUAUAGUGAAUGCGGGGUCCGGGGAGACCAGAUACAGUGCAUGCAGGGUCCGGGGAGACCAGAUAUAGUGAAUGCAGGGUCCGGGGAG